GGUAAGUUGUUGAAAAGAGAUUGAUGUCAAUUUUUAUUGUGAGCAGCAUUCGAAUAGGUUGAGCUGUCAAAAUUUGAUUCAGUAAAGAAGAUUGGUGAGGAAAAUUCUAUUAAGAAAUUGAAGAAACGGGGCAAUGCAUCUGAUCAUGGCAAUGUGUUGGAUAGUGGUUUUUUGGUGAUGGAGGUCUACUUUAAGAUGAAGUUUGUGAUUGAUGUGGGUAUGUAUCAAAUUCCUUAUUUCCUCUGAGUUAUUGGGUAAUAUUUCUUAUGUGCCUUAAUGUCCGUUGGAUAGUUUAGAGGGUGCUUCUUGGUUUGUGGACGAUGGAACAGGUCAGGAAGAGUCAGGAAGACGGAUGAAUAAGCAAACUGAGGCUGAUAUUUUUCCCAACCCGGGUUCCCAUGUGGGAGAAUCUAAUGAGAAGGAUUUAGAGGCUCGAAAGCUGUUGGAAAAGAAUUGGUUUGUGGUUGUUCCACCCGGCAGGCAAAGAAGUGCUGAUUUCCCUUUGAACGAACUAGCAUUGGGCACUUUGCUGAUUUGGCGUUGGCAUUUAUCCUAUUUUGACCCAUUUGCUCCUAAAACAAAGCACAAACUACUCUUCCUUGUGUUCUUCUCCAUGCAGAAGAACAUGCACAGCCAGACAACACAAAGUCCUCAUGCACAGUUGCACAACUCCUCGAUCACUCUACUGGUGAGAUCAGCGAUGGCUAGGAACUUGCUGUGAAAUACAUAUCGAACUCGGAUGCUAGCAGCUGAUGCUGGGUCCAAAGUUAUUUGUUGAUGCUGAUAGUGUCUACCAGAAAAU